AUGUCCAACAAAUUCCACUGUGACAUCUGCUCUGCGGACUGUACCAACAGGGUCAGGAUAUCGUGCGCUGUUUGUGCAGAGUACGAUCUAUGCGUGCCAUGUUUUUCGCAAGGAUCCUAUAGCGGCAAUCACAGGCCGGACCACGACUAUCGCAUUAUUGAAACCAACUCAUACCCAGUUUUGUGCGCGGAUUGGGGGGCGGACGAAGAAUUGGCACUCAUCAAAGGAUCUCAAACGUUGGGUCUUGGAAACUGGCAAGAUGUUGCUGAUCACAUCGGCAGCAGGUCGAAAGAAGAAGUUGAAGAGCACUACACGGACUACUAUCUCAACAGCGAGCACUACCCUAUUCCAGAUAUCACGAAGACUAUUGACAUCUCGCAAGAACAAUUUCUCGCCGAUCGUAAGCGCAGAAUUGAAAGAUUUCGCGAACAACCAUUGCAACCGCCUCGCAAACCUAUGGCAUCGGUACCGAGCUGUCACGAAGUUCAAGGGUUCAUGCCUGGAAGACUUGAGUUUGAAAAUGAGUUUGAAAAUGAAGCUGAAGGCCCCGUUAAAGAUAUGGUGUUUGAACCAGAUGACCAGCCGCUGGAUAUCGAGGUCAAACUAAUAAUUUUGGACAUUUAUAAUUCAAGGCUCACCACUAGAGCCGAAAAGAAGCGGAUGUUAUUUGAAAAUGGGUUGAUGGAGUACCGUAAGCUUCAAGGUCUAGAUAAAAAGAGAAGCAAAGAGGCCAAAGAGCUCUACAACAACUUGAAGGCAUUAGCUUGGAUAAUGACCCCCUCUGAUUUUGAAGAUUUUAGUAAAGAUAUUCUGGAAGAGCUCCGAUGCCGAUCUAGAAUACAUCAAUUGCAGGAAUGGAGAAGUAACGGCAUUACCACACUUGAGGCUGGUCUCAAGUAUGAACGUGACAAACAGGCUCGUAUGAUGACUUUAGAAAGGUUCGGCGGGUCUAUGUAUUCCUCCGCCAAUGGUAACGGUAAUGGCCGCUAUCGAACCUCAUCCGCUCACCGCUCUAAUGCUGACUAUGGACAAGCUUAUAAUGAUCAAGGUUCGCGUAGAAAAGCAUUGACUAUCAGCGAUAUACAACAUGGUGCUGAUUAUGGCUUGCUUUCCGCAGAAGAACAGCAGUUGUGCAUGCAACUGAAAGUUCUACCAAAGCCUUACUUGGCCAUCAAGGAAGUGAUGUUUAGGGAACUAUUAAGGGCUGGCGGUGUCUUAACAAAGAAGACGUGCCGCGACCUGCUAAAUAUUGAUCCGGCAAAGGCGAACAAGAUUCACGAAUUUUUCCAAUCCCAAAGUUGGCUUUGA